AUGUCACAGACGAGCAGCGGCAUCAUCACGAUGACCAACUCAACGCCUCCCGCCGUCGUCGACGUCGACGUUGUCACCCUCUGCUUCGAAGGCGUCAAAAACUCCUGCGUCAAGUCCACCUACCCGCUGGUCAUUCGCGUGCCUCUCUACUGCGCCCUGGUGGCCGCGGUGGGCCUGACGGUGCUGGGCAACCUGCUGGUGAUCGUGGCCGUGCUCCACUUCAAGCAGCUCCACACCCCCACCAACUACCUGAUCCUGUCCCUGGCCCUGGCGGACCUGCUGGUGGGGGUGGUGGUCAUGCCCCCCAGCGUGGUGCGGGUGGUCGAGUCCUGCUGGUACUGGGGGGCCCUCUUCUGCAAAGUGCACAACAGCACGUCCAUGAUGUGUUGCACGGCCUCCAUCGUCAACCUCACCAUGAUCUCCAUCGACCGCUACUACGCCAUAUGCCAGCCGCUGUUGUACAGGACGAAGAUCAGCGUGUCGGUCGUGCUGGUGAUGGACUCCGUCACGUGGAUCGUCGCCGCACUGUUUGGGUUCGGGGUGGUCUUCCUGGAGUUGAACCUCAUAGGCAUACGGAACUUGUACGACAUGCUCGCUUGCGACGGCAGCUGCAUUUUCUUGCACAGUUUGGUUUCGGGCGCGCUGUCUGCGCUGGUGUCUUUUUACCUGCCAGGCGUGAUCAUGGCCUGCAUAUAUCUCAAGAUAUUUGUGCUUGCACGUGCACAGCUAAAGGCCAUUCACUCUGUAAACACGCAGGCUAACGGGGCUCCGUCCAUAUCCAAAACGGAAAGAAAAGCCACCAAAACUCUGAUCAUUAUCAUGGGGGCCUUCAUAGCAUCCUGGAUUCCCUUCUUCCUUGUUUUUAAUAUUGACGCGUAUUUUGGAUACGCGAGUCCACCAGUAGUAUUAGAAAUUUUUGGCUGGGUAGGUUACUUAAACUCCACGGUCAAUCCUUUGGUGUAUGCCUACUUCUACCGCUGGUUUAGGCAAGCGUUUCAAAUCAUAAUGUCAGGCAAAAUCUUCCAGCAGCAUUCGUCCAGAAUCGCACUAAUCUCAGAUUGACAAGCCUGUGUCCCUAAUAAUAAUAAUAAUAAUAAUAAUAAUAAUAAUAAUAAUAAUAAUAAUAAUAAUAAUA